UUACAUUUAGCAUUGUUUGAGUAUAGACGUGCUGUUGUUACCGUUACACGAGACGUUUCUAUUUAUCUUCUUUUUUUUUAUAUAUAUAUAUGUAAACAAUUCUCUCAUAUUUGCUCUAUGGUUCUUAAGUGAAACAAAAAAAAAAAAAAAAGAAAAGAAAAAUGCAACAGCGCUAAAGAAAAAGAAAAUUAUUUUGCUUGUCUAUGUAUUGAAAACAAAAGCCAUAAACAGUGAAUUAACUGAAAACUAAGAAAGUAUCUCGCAAUCCAAAACUCUGUCGAUAGAUAUAUAUAGAUAUAUAUAAAUAUAUAUAAAUAUAUAUAUUUGGUCAUGAAAAUGAUUGGCAGUGAUUAUGUGUUAGAAGCUCACAACAUCUAUCAUACCCGAGAGGUUGAUAGCGGCGGUUGUUUUAAUGGCGCUGGCAGCUCAGCUUUAGGGCUUAAAGGUGUCAACUUGACAGUGCACAGUGGUGAAGUGAUGGCCAUAUUGGGAUCUAAAGGCAGCGGCAAACGCGCCUUACUCGAUGUUAUCUCACGACGCGCUGAUGGCUCUACUCGAGGCCAAGUUCUAUUAAAUGGAUCGCCGUUAACUAAAGCAUUAUUUCAACAACGCUGCGGCUAUGUUACGCAAUCCUGUUCAUUUAUACCAGGUUUAACAGUUGCUCAAACCUUACAUUAUACUCCCACUAUUCUUUCUGGUUAUUUGAAAAGCUCAAAAGUUCGACAAGUAUUAGCUGAUUUAGCGCUUUCGCAAGUGGCUCAUAAACGUGUGGAAUAUUUGAAUAUAAGCGAAGCCAGACGUCUGGCCAUUGGUGUGCAAUUAGUUAGAGAUCCAGUAAUGCUACUUUUGGAUGAACCUACCCAAGGUUUGGAUCCUUUAAGUGCUUAUCUACUCAUUUCGAUACUUUCCAAUACGGCAAAGAAAACCGGUUGCGGUAUAUUGUUGUCACUCGAGAAACCGCGUUCAGAUGUGUUUCCUUUUUUGGAUCGCGCUUUAUUCCUUUGCCUGGGCGGUGUAGUGUAUUCAGGCGGUACGCGAGCGAUGUUGGAAUAUUUUCAUGGAAUUGGUUUUCCUUGUCCGCAACUAGAGAAUCCCUUAAUGUACUAUUUAUGCCUCUCAACGGUAGACAGAAGAAGUCGGGAUCGUUUUCUGGAAUCUAGCCAACAAAUCGAGGCUUUAGUGGAGAGAUUCUCAAGAGAAACACCCGUUUCAGAUGGCCCCUUAAAUAAUAUGGGCAGUGGAAAAGUUCCCUUGGCCUAUGGUAAACCAGGCGAAUUGAAAGUUUGGGUGAUGUUGUAUUUAAAAUUAUUAGCAUCAACUUUUUCUUGCGGUUUAACUGGCUUAAAGUCCUUGUUCAUGCGUUUGAUUUUGUUACCGUUAGCUAUGAGUUUAAUGUGGCUUUUCUACAAUAACGUUGGGGACGAUGCUCAUGGUUUCUUUAGUAAAAACGGCUUGAUUUUGAAUAUCAUUGGUUUAUCUUAUGGUUGCGGCAUUUUGGUGACGAUAACCUUAUUUCCUAUUUGGCGUAAACGUUUCGCCCAAGAUAUACCGGAAGGUUUGUAUUCUGGUGCCACUCUUCUGAUUGCUUACAAUUCUGUUUCUAUACCAUUUUCCAUAAUAUCCUCUGUUGUAGCUAGUUGCGUUAUAUAUCCAAUACUUCUUGAUCCGAAAUUUCCCAAUGGCAUCGUAUUUGCUUAUCUUUUGGUGGCCUUAUGGUCGAGUUUUGUAUUAGCUGAACAGUUAUGUAUCGCAUUUCUGUUAGUGGUUAAAGUACCUUUUAAUGUCGCCAUCACUGUUACUUAUAUUUUAGUUAUUUCUAUGGCUUUGGCUAGCGGUACAGUACGAUCUUUCAAAGGAUUACAGCCGUGGCUGCAGGAUAAUACUAAAGGUACUCACACUCGUUACGCCUCAUCUCUGUUGCAUAGCAUUGCUUUUCAGACACGGAAAAUGAAUUGUACGCCCACAGCGUCGGUUAUAUGUCCAAAGCCUGCAGAUUUCUUGCAUGAACGUCUAGGAUUAGCUGAUCCAGAUGAGACAAUCGAUAUUGCGGCGUCUUGUGCUUUUGCGAUAGGCUUGGCUGCCUUUAAUAUGUUGCUAUAUUUGUUCCCUAUGCCCAGAUGUGUUAAACAAAAGCUUAAAGACUGAAUGUGAAACUCAUUUAAUAUUUUAUUCUUUUAUUACAAUAACUUUUUUAAGUCCCUACAAAAUCUUUUGCAAAAUUGUGUUUAAUUUUUAAAGGGACUCUGUUAGGCUUUUUGUGUAAUUAGACGCGACAUUUUAAAAUAAUGUUAUGUCACUCUUAACAUGAAGCGUUGCGCUGUUCAGAAUGUCUUGUAAACUAUUGUGAAUUUGAUGUUAUAAUUCUUACUAAACUAGGAUCCAAAGAAUAGAACAAAAUGGUCCAAAUUUGGUAGAGUUCGUUUUUUCAUCACGUAGGAUCA